AUGCUGCUGUUCUGGGGGUUACUGCUGUGUUGGGGGUUGUUGCCUCAGACCCGAGGGGAGGCCCAGCACCUGCUCUUCCAUCGGAUCAGCAUAGAUCAGCUAGAAACAGACAUUUCAGACAUGUUCUCAAAGAACCACGUCCUGGAGCGCAUGACCAAGAUACCUGUGACCGGGGACAUGAGUAAAGGGAUGCCCAUCCUGGAUCACCUGCCCUUCGUCAGAGAAAACCUCUCCAAGAAGAAAACGGGCCUUGACCUGUCAAUAGUUGGGGACCUGCUCUCAGGGAAGAAGCUUCCAGUGGUGGAGGAGCUGAUCAGGGCAGGCGGGUUGGUCAUAGAAGAUGCCAAAGGACCCGAGGUCACCCUGGAAAUCUUGAGCUACAGCCUGCUGCAAGUCACAUUACGCUGCAAACUGUAUGUCUCACUCCAGGGGAUCCUGCGGCUCAAAAUCAUCAAGAAUAUCCGCAUUGGGGUAGGGCUGGAACAGACAAGGAACAAGACUAAGGUGGUCCUUAAGGAGUGCUACACCCCUCCAGGAUACCUGAGCAUCAAGCUUCUGGAGACGAUAAAUCCCCUCCUGGUGAACGAAGCCCUGGAGUUAGUGUCAAAAACCUUGGAUGAAGUGCUGCCCUUUCUGUUGCAGAAGAUAGUAUGCCCCAAGGUCUCAACCCUCCUCAAUUUACUACUGGAAGACCUGCUGCAGUUUAUUUUGCCUCCAACCAUCUCGGGUGCAGAGGACUUCCAGUACUACGUCAUCACCACAGAGCUCAUGAAAGACACCAUCGUUAUGGAAAUCCUGCUCGUGACCCCUUGUGGCCAACACCAGAGAGUACAAUGGCCUGACCACCAACCCCCUCAGCCUCUCCCCAAAUUAGCCCAUGGCAGCAUGGCAGACCUGGUCUUCUGGCAGGAAGUCUACAAUGGUAUCCUCUCCUGCCUCUACACUAGUGAAGUGAUCCACGUGGAUGCCCAGGACCCCAUGGCUGUCGACCUCGUUCAGCUGUUGUGGCUGAGAGAGCUGGAUCCUGAGCCCAAGGCUUCUCUUCUGUCGGGAGAGAGCAUGGUACUAACCAUCAGCACGCCAGAGUCUCCUACUGUCCACCUGGACAACGGCAUGGCCAUGCUUACCCAGCCAGGCUCACUGGCGCUGCUGGGACCCAGCAACACCUCCUUCUCUUCUGUUUCCUGGAAACUCCACUCGAAGGCUGUGUUUUCCUCAAGAAACCGGAUAUUAAAUGUCCAGAUCCAUCUAGACAGGUGA